UGCAUGUCUUAUCAAACACAACACCACCACACACCAGAAACUCAACUUAGCCAUGGCUUCAAACUCUUCUCUUCUUCUCAUCUUAGCCGUUGCUUGCUUGUUCUCACCUGCGAUCUCGCAGAAUUGCUCAACGCAGAACAUACUCUUAGCCGACAGAACUCCCUUCGCGAAUUGCCUGGACCUUCCCUCACUAGAUUCCUACCUCCACUACACAUACAAUGCAACCAACUCAUCUCUCUCCGUCGCUUUCGUCGCCACUCCGUCUCGCUCCGACGGCUGGGUCGCCUGGGCUAUCAACCCGACGAUGACCGGAAUGAACGGUUCUCAGGCCUUCCUCGCCUACAGUCCCGGAGCCGGCGCGGCUCCCGUCGUGAGAUCGUACAACAUCAGCGGCUACGUCCUCAACGAAGGGAGACUCGCCUUCGAGUUCUGGAACCUACGCGCCGAAUCCAUGGCCGGCAACAUGAUCGUGAUUCGCACGUCGGUUAAGGUUCCGCCGGGAGCCGAGAGCGUGAACCAGGUGUGGCAGAUCGGCGGGAAUGUGACCAGCGGUCGUCCUAUGGUGCAUCCUUUCAAUCCGGCGAACUUGGCCUCUAGAGGGGUGUUGAGAUUUGUCGGCUCUGACGCUCCGAGCUCAGCUCCGGGGUCUGCUCCGGGGUCUGUUCCUGGCUCUGCUCAGGGGCCGACCACUCCUGGUGCCUCCACCACUCCUGGUGCCUCGACCACUCCUGGGCAGGCGGCUGGUCCAAGGAGCGCGGGUUCGAUGACGAGUAGCGUAAAUUUCGGGGUCAAUUUUGGAAUUUUGGUUAUGUUGGCUACAGUCUUCAUCUUCUGAGUAUGAUUUCAUUAUCUUUUUACAUUACUUUUUGUAUCCGCAAUAAUGGAGAUUCAUACUGUUUUACUUUCUAGUCUGUAGAGUCAUUUACUCUUUUUUGUUUUCCACCUAUCUCCUCACCCACAUUGUUCUGAGUUGUUAUUGGAUUGUAUGGACCAUUAUAUUUUUAAUUUUA